CGCUGACUACUACACCGAAAAAACAAGCAUUACUCGAAUCCCGGCCUCAUCCUAGGACGAGGGACACCUAGCGAUUGGAUCGGUCAGAGCGCCCCUGGUGCAAAACAGCGCAACGGCGGAGAAGAAGAUGAGGGUGAAGAAGGAAAAGAAUAUGUCCAUGGCUUCUUCCAAACCCACGUCCCGCACACUGGCCUUGAUAGAGCAAAAGCACAGCUACCUGCGCAGCAGCCUCCCACUUAUUGCCGUUAUCCGUGCCCCUCUGACAGAAAGGACGGUUCGGCUAGCCGCAUUCGAUAUCUGGCAGUCUGAGCCUGAACCCCUUCCUGCCGGAGAUCUAUUCGAUGUACUCCCGAGAAAGGAUACCCCUGGUUCUCGGGCGAGGGAGGCGCAGUUCUGUGCAUAUCAGACUUCUGCUCUUUACUCAUUAGCACCUACCGUCUACGCAACUACUACGAAAGCCAUGUCUCAAAAAGAAGGCAUCAAUGAAAGGAGGAGGUCCCCGUCCCCGACAUUAGAAAAGGUCCCAUCCGAAGAUCCAGUUUAUGGUGACGAUGAUCAGGAUGGCGCCCAGUCCGUCAUGCAACCUGCAUUGAGUGUUGUUGCAACUCGACUCACCCUACCACAAACAUCCAAAGCGGAGAGAGCUGCUGCAUUGGAGAGGGAGAGGGAGAGAAAGUCAUCUGGACUGUUCCUGCCUGGCACCACGACCAGUGACGAUUCCGCUAGCUCGCCAGAACUAACGCCCUUCCCCGACGAGAUCCCUACCAAUUUCGAGACCGAGUCGGACACUCCCCUCUCACCAGCGCCGCCUCGCAGACGGGAGUCUCAAAAGCUCCAAAAAGCUAGGCCCGCCCCAAAGGAAGACCUGCCUUCGCCAUGGCAGUCCAGUCCACGGAACAUGAUAUUUGGUGGUGGGGACGGUGAAGCGCCAAAGAGCGCCCUUGAAUCCGUAUCUUUCGGUCAAACCAGACAUAAACGCUCAUCAUCUACGGGAGCUGAUGCGCUAAAGAAGUUCUCGAAUGCUUUCUCUUCGUUCCCGGCUCCUUCAGCAAUAUUUAACUCUUUAUCCUUCUUUACUGCGGCCGCAGAGAAGGCGGAACCGAGAUCGACGACGACGACGACAACUGAACAGCGGAAAUCCCCUCUGACUCAGAGUAGAAGGCCUUAUCAUAACACAGCUGCCAUAUCUAGCGGUGCCAACGGUCUUCCUCGUGCGCAGACGAUGGCCAAUGAAGCAUCCGGUAAUCGUCCGUCCGUAUCAUCUGGGAGACCUUCUACUACAAGACCCCGCGUUUUGAGGCGAGUUACAUCCGAUGAUUCGCUGUUGUACCAUUCGCUAUCCCGCACAUCGUCCAUCGGUGACGACGAUGGCAGGUUUGAUCACGUCAGGGAAAUGGCCAAUGUGAGGAUGAAGGCCAUCAAAGACAGUCUACCCGAAAGACCGACGUUUAAAAUGCCAAGCCUACCCAAACUGGGGUCGUCACUCAAACUCAACGAAGACGCAACGGGCAAGGCCGUCCCCGAAGCUCCAGCACCCAAAGUGGACAACGACGGACUAUCAAAUCUAGAUAGAGUGCUGGAGACGUUGACUGGGGACAUAGUGAUCCUCGGCGGUUACCGUGGUUCGAUUCUACGAUCAGCAGAGCCUCCGCACCACCAACUAUGGGCUCCAGUCAAAAUCGGACUCAACAUGAGGAAGGCGGACUUGGAGGUCGGCCUUGACCCCGAAGACGAAGAGUCAAUGGAAGAGCGCAUCAUCCCAUCAGGCAUGCUUCAAAACAUCGGCCCCAUCGAUAUCUCCAGAAAGCUAUUCAAGAAGAUUGCCGCCUGCGAAAACGUUCGGAAAGGAAAAUUACGUUUGCAUGAUUAUGGCUACGACUGGAGGCUGAGCCCUCAUUUACUAUCCCGCAAGAUGGUGGAGUUCUUGGAAAAGCUGCCAUGCAACCAGGCGGAUUCGAAAGAGCCUAGAGGCGCACUAGUUUUGGCCCACAGCCUCGGUGGUCUCAUCACCCGCCACGUCGUCAACCAGAGACCGGAUCUGUUCUCCGGAGUGGUCUACGUUGGUACACCUCAGCGGUGCAUCAACGUCCUAGGGCCCCUGAGAGACGGCGACGCAGUCCUCCUCAACGAGAAGAUCCUGACCGCGCAAGUCAACUUCUCACUCAGAACAUCCUUCGUGUUUCUGCCCGACGACGGCUUCUGUUUUGUUAACAAGGACACGAAGGAGGAGUACAAUAUCGACUUUCACGACGUAAACGAAUGGGUCAAAUACCGCCUCACGCCUUGUAUUGAGCCUCCGCUACCUCCCCUAGUACCAAAGGAAAAGUCGACGACGUUCAGCUCUCUAUUAUCGGUCCGCAGUCGCAGCUCAAGCGAGAAGAAACAAAACCAUGUCUUGCCGCCAUCAGUUGCCGACGCGGCCCGGAGGGUAGAGCACGUCCGGGAAGGAGGCAUUAACCCACAGAUAGACGGCAACAAACCAUCACCAUUCACAAAGGGGGCGCCUGGCACACCUACGCCCCCUAACCGCGCCAGAAAUAUCGCCUACCUCGAGCGUACCCUUGCCGAGGUCAAGAGAUUCCGUCAGGAAACACAAUUCAACCCAGCGCUAUCAGAGGCCAACGCGUAUCCUCCUCUCGGCAUCAUUUACGGCAAGGAAGUCCCCACCGUGUACGCCGUCAAGGUUAGCAGCCGCGAGGCCAUCUGCCAUGCACAAGCCUACGACGACCUCAUUUUCCGCGCCGGCGAUGGCGUGGUUCUUGCGCGCGAGGCGCAGCUGCCAGAGGGGUAUGAGCUGGUACGCGGUGGGCGUGUCAGCACCGAGCGCGGACACUUGACCAUGCUCGGUGACAUGCCCGCCGUCGGCAAGGCGUUGGAGGCUGUGAUUCGGGGCCGAAGGAAGGGCAUCGGUAUGGGAAAGGUCGCAAAGGAACAUGUCAGUAAGAAGGGGGGUGUCGCUAGAGCCUAGAAAGUUUUCGUCCGGCCCUUUCAAGUUUGCAUCCGUACAGUAGAUAAGGUUAGAAGCCGAAUUGUAUAGGUUUCUCAAGCCUUACUUUACGGCCCAUAGAACCUGGGGUCGAGUGUUUGUAUAGCUUGUAGAAUAGACGCAGGUGCUACAAAUUACAAACAUGUUAUAACCCAUUUCUCACAGGUACUGCCAAUAUUGGUCAACACUGGUCAUGUCAGCUGCUUGGAAAUUGACAAGAUCAUCUUCGGGGACUUGUGUAGCUAGCACAUGUCAUCUGCACAUCUAUUACAACGUACGUGGAAAAAUGUCCGAUGCAAGGUUAUUCUUGGCAAUGCAAGCUGCAAUGCUCGCGGGAAAAAGAAG